UGUAAGCUGUACCUGUCUGAGUAAAGGACGGUGCUGGAGAACUGCCAUUUGUAUGUGUGCUGCUUGUAAGGCGUGGGACGGGAGGAGGAAGAAGAGCAGACGACAGCAGCGCGACACGUUCAGCCUCCGCGUCUAGGACCCAGCUGAGCUGCCAAGCCGGGUCGCCUCUUCCUCACCUCCUCUAACUGAACGUCAUCCCCGGACGGACGAUGACUGGGGUCAUCCUACUAGCCACCGUGCUGCUACACGUUGUAGGACGAAGUGAAACUCAGGAGGACCAGCGAUGUGUGCCCAAGCCCACCUGUGCCGAGUGCCUCCAAAGUCCUGGAUGCAUGUGGUGCAAACAGAAGGACUUCCUGAAGGCCGGGGAAUCGAACGCGCGCCGCUGUGACUCCGAGGAGUCCCUGACCGGCAGACGCUGUGAGGAAAGACACCUUGUUUACCCCCGAGUGGAGGUCGUAGCGCUGAAGAAUAACGACCUGAGCGACAGAGCCGGCAGCGUGGUGCAGCUGAAACCCCAAAAUGUCAAAGUGAAGCUCAGAGUCGGAGUCCCACAGGUGUUCACGGUGUCGUUCAAAAGGGCAGAGGGCUACCCUAUCGAUUUGUACUACCUGAUGGACCUGUCCUACUCCAUGAAGGACGAUCUGGGCAGGAUCAAAAACCUGGGUCAUGACAUCGUCAGAACCCUCGGAACCUUCACCAAGAACAUCCGCAUAGGGUUCGGCUCGUUUGUGGACAAGGUGGCCCUACCCUAUGUGAGUUUGGUGAAAGCUAAGAGGAGAAACCCCUGCCCUAGCCGUAUCGACACCUGCCAGCCGGCCUUCAGUUUCCAGAAUAUUCUGCGGCUUACUGAGAACGCCAAUGACUUCAAGAAGGAGGUCAGCAGGCAGCGGAUUUCCGGUAACCUGGACUCUCCUGAGGCGGGCUUUGAUGCCAUAAUGCAGGCAGCUGUUUGCCAGGAUGUCAUAGGUUGGAACAAUGUUACCAGGAUCCUGGUCUACACGUCAGAUGACACGUUCCACAUGGCGGGAGAUGGCAGGCUGGCAGGGAUAUUCGAGCCUCACGACGGGCAGUGUCACCUCAGCGGCACCGGUUUUUACGAUGGAACCAAAUUUGAUUACCCCUCUGUCGGCCAUCUUGCCAGGGUUCUCACAGCCAACAAUAUCCAGCUUAUUUUUGCUGUCACUGAGGACAUUCUCCCAGCAUACCAAGCUCUAAGUAUGCUAAUACCCCAGUCGGUGGUAGGAGUUCUGCAGACCGACUCAAGCAAUGUGGUACAGCUUAUCUCGGAGGCCUACAAUAACCUGUCUUCCACCAUAUUCUUGGAGCACCAAGGGGCCCCUCAAAACCUACAAGUUUCCUACCAGUCCCACUGCACCUCCAGCCAGGCCGGCACUGCCUGGAAGCAGCGGGGCGAGUGCAUGAACGUCAGAAUUAAUCAGCAGGUUGACUUCACCGUCCGGCUGAACAUCUCCGAGUGUCUGACGGAGCCACAAGUGUUUUACAUCAAAGUUCAGGGCAUCAGUGAGAGCUUGAAGAUAAACGUAGAGACUCUGUGUGACUGCAACUGUCAAGACAGAGAAGAGUCGUCGACACACUGCAACAACAGGGGCACACUCUACUGUGGCAUCUGCAGCUGUGACGCUGGCGCUAUGGGGCAGAGGUGUAACUGUGUGCAGACAGAAGGCGUGGACUCCAUGGACAGGAGGUGUCACCAGGAAAACUCCUCGCUGCCCUGCAGUGGGCACGGCAGCUGUGAAUGUGGAAAAUGCACCUGCAGCGGGACCUACGUUGGCCAUUUCUGUGACUGUGACAACCACAGCUGUGCCAAACACAAUAACGUGCUAUGUGGUGGAAAUGGGGAAUGUAACUGUGGACGUUGUGUGUGCAACGCCAACUACACCGGGCCUGUAUGUGGCUGUUCGGCUCUCACAGACCAGUGCAGAACAGAGGACAACAGCAUAUGCAGCGGGCAUGGAAAAUGCCAGUGCAACCAGUGCAAAUGCAAUCAACUUUUUACUGGCAAGCACUGUUCUGCAAUUCUGAACGCUUGUUCAAAUUACAAGGAUUGUAUGCAUUGCACAUCACAGCAGGAAAAUGGCGACAUGAAGAACUGUUCCGUGCCGUGUGGCUCGGCUAAAGUGCACCGCAUGAACGAACUGAAGGACCUGCCGUGUAACACGCCUGCUUUCAUGUAUGAAGUGAAGCCCCUUCCUGACGGCACCAUCUUGAUCACCUACACCGAUCAGCCCCGCUCUAUCGACAAGACCUACAUGAUCAUCCUUAGCUCGGUGUCCGCGAUCAUCUUCAUUGGUCUGCUGGGGAUCAUAGUCAGUCGGCUCUUGCUGGAGCUGCACUACCGCAGAGAAUACAGAAGUUUUGUCAAAUCGCAGAAACAGGCUGUCUGGGACGAUACACCCAAUCCCCUGUUCCGAGAUGCCGUCACCACAACUAUGAACCCCAUGCACAUUAGUGAUGACUAAUUCAAAAGAUGGAGUUGUCAAUCAAACGCUGACAAAAACAUAUUUUCC